AUGGAGGACGAAGAAGGCUACACCGCUUUAAAUUUACGACCCUCAGCUUCAGUUAUUACUCCUGGAUAUUCAAGCAGCAACAAACGUUCUUCACUGAAGGCUCCGGCCAGUUGUGUUACAGUAGGCAGAGCCUAUACUUCAUCUUCCGUAUGGCGGUCAGCGGCCUUCGCUCUCUCCGCUUUGUGCCUGAUGCUGCUGACGGGGCUGAUAGCCCUGCUAGCCCUGUUUUUUCAGGUUUCCAAGGGUCCUGAGGAAGGAAACAAGCUGCAGGAAAUGACGGAAGCAUUGUGUUUUGAGCCAAAGGAGAACAACGAAACAAAAUGCGCUCUCUGUCCGGCAAGCUGGCAAAACAGUGGAGCUGACAACUGCUUCUACAUUUCAAAGCAGAAGAAAACAUGGAAGCAAAGCCAGGAGUUCUGUUCCUCGAGAAACUCCACUCUUCUUGUGCUAAAAGACAAAGCAAAGAUGGUUUCUUUGCCACAGGAUUCACAGUUUUACUGGGUUGGAUUAUCAUACAUAUCUGAAAGGAGAGGCUGGUACUGGGAGGAUGGAACAGCUUUUUCGAAAGAAGUGACGAACUGGGUUAUGUUGUAUGACAACAUCUUCUGUGCCUCCUUAUAUGGACAGAUUAUUUAUGCCACCCGCUCUUGUUCGACAAAGCAAUUCUGGAUCUGUGAGAAAGUGGCUGUUCAUUUCACCUGA